GCUCGGAGCCCUGGUUGGCACUUUUGGGGGAGAAGGCAGAGCUUGAGGAUGAUCAUGCAGUUAAGUGUGCUGCUGCUGCUGCUGUGCCCCCCACCUGCCCCGGGCUUGGAAGACCCCCCCUUCCCCCACCCCGGGGAGAGCGCGCAGCCCCCACCCCGGACCUGUCCCUGGCGCUGCUCCUGCCCCCGGGCGGACACGGUGGACUGCGCCGGCCUGGACCUCCGGCUGUUCCCACACAACAUCACCAGGGCUGCUAGGUACCUCAACCUGCAGAACAACCAGCUCCAGCAGCUGCCUUACAACGCCCUGUCCCGCCUGGGCCGCCUGCACACGCUGGACCUGCACGGCAACCUCCUCAACUCCGAGGGCUUGCCUGAUGAGGCCUUCGAAUCACUCACCCAACUCCAACACAUCUAUGUGGCCCACAACAAGCUCUCAGUGGCCCCCCAGUUCUUGCCCCCCACCCUGCGGGUCGCAGACCUGGCUGCCAAUCAACUGGUGGAGAUUUUCCUGCUCACUUUUGGGGAGAAGCCGGCCCUCAGGUCGGUGUAUCUACACAAUAACCAGCUGAGCAACGCCGGCCUGCCGCCCGAUGCCUUCCGGGGCUCUGAGGCCAUGGCGAUCCUCAGCCUCUCCAGCAACCGGCUCAGCUACGUGCCGCCCAGCCUGCCCGCCUCGCUGGAGCGUCUUCAUCUACAGAACAACCUCAUCUCUAAAGUGCCCCGGGGAGCCCUGAGCCGUCAGACCUGCCUCCGUGAACUGUUUCUCCAGCACAAUCAGUUGACAGACAGCAGUUUGGAUGCCACCACUUUCAGCAAGCUGCACAGUUUGGAGUAUCUGGACCUUUCCUACAACCAGCUGAGGGCAGUGCCCGCCGGCCUGCCCCGGACCCUGGCCGUGCUGCACUUGGGUCGGAACCGCAUCCAGCGAGUGGAAGCUGCCCGGCUAAAGGGGGCGCGGGGCCUGAGGUAUCUGCUGCUCCAACACAAUGAGCUGGGGGGCUCAGGCUUGCCCCCCAAGGCGCUGCGGCCUCUGCGGAAACUGCACACACUGCACCUCUAUGGCAACAAGCUGGAGCGCGUGCCCCCAGGCCUGCCCCGCAGACUGCGGGCCCUGGUGAUGCCGCACAACCGCGUGGCCACGCUGGGCGCCCGGGAUCUGGCAGCCACGCCCGGCCUAGGCGAGCUCAACCUGGCCUACAACCGCCUGACCAGCGCCGGCCUGCACCACCGCGCCCUGCGCCCCCUGAGCGCCCUGCACAGCCUAGACCUGGCUGGCAACCAGCUGAGCCGGCUGCCCGCGGGGCUGCCCGCCAGCCUGCGUGUGCUGCUCCUGCCCCGCAACCAGCUGCGGGCCCUGGAGCCCGAGCCGCUGGCCGGCCUGGCCCAGCUGCGGGAGCUCAGCCUGGCACACAACCGGCUCCGCCUCGGGGACAUCGGGCCGGGCACCUGGCACGAGCUGCCGGCGCUCCAGGUGCUGGACCUGAGCCACAACGCGCUGUCCUUUGUGCCCCCGGACCUGCCCGAGGCGCUGGAGGAGCUGCACCUGCAGGGCAACCGCAUCGGCCACGUGGGCCCCGAGGCCUUCCUGAGCACGCCGCGCCUGCGCACCCUCUUCCUCAGAGACAACAGGCUGCACCUGACCAGCAUCUCGGCCGAGGCCUUUGUGGGGCUCAGGCACCUGCGCGUGGUGGACACGGCGGGGAACCCGGAGCACGUCCUGGUCCGGAUGCCGCCCUCGGCCCCACGCCAGCCACGCGCAGCGCGCUCCCGACACCCCAGGCCACCAGGGAGCAGCACCGAUGACCCAGCCUCCUUGUGAACCCCAAACUUCCAGGGCCACCCACAGGCAUCAGGAUGACAAAUCAGCCCACGCCUGAGGUUCUCGCCUGUCAUUUCUGCCACUCAGGAGGCUGAGGUCCGAGGAUCACAGGCUGAAGCCAGCUCUGGGCAGGGAAA